AUGGGCGGCGACGACGCGACCUCCGCGGCGCUCGCGAGCGCGGACGCGCUCUACGCGUCCGGGGACGUCGCCGCCGCGCUCGACGUCUACGCCGAGGUGUUCGGUCUUCGCGAGUCGCCGCCCGCGAACGUCCUCCGCGAGCGUCUCGCGUCGUCGUCGUCGUCGUCGUCGUCGUCGAUGAGGCGCGUUCUAUACACUGGUCCCCAUACGACCGCGUUCGCGAGAAUGGCCCUGAGCCUCGUGCACGCCGCGCGAUGCGUCAAGCGCGUCGCCCCGGCCGACGUCUCCACCGCGGAGGCGCUCCUGCGCGCGGCGGCGGCGUCGAACGACGCCGGCGACGCCGUCGCCGUCGCCGCCGCGGACGCCGAGCUCGCGCUGCUCCUGUGCCAAGAAGGGCGCGACGACGACGCGAAAACGAUCCUCGCGCGACGCGGAUUCCGAUACCGCCUCUCGCGCGAGGUGCUGCGAUACGACCGAGACGACGACGACGAGGACGAGAGGGACGACGACGAAGUCGCCGAGGCGAUCGCGACGCACUCGAAGCACGUCCGCGUGUUCGACGACGCGGUGCCGGAAGCGAUGCUCGGUGUGCUCCGAGACGCGUUUCGCCCGUCGUCGUCGUUUUGGCGCGAACACGCGUACGCGCGCUCGGACUGCGGCUUCUUCUCCUACGUCCACGAGCUCGCGACCCCGACGCCGCCUCAAAACGUCAUGGACGUCGUCGUGCGUCACGCGUGGAGGAUCGCGCGGCUGGCGUUCCCCGCGUGCGCGACGGCGACGCGCGCGGAGUGGUGGGCGCACGCGCGUCCGCACGCGUGCGGCCAUCAGGCGCGUUCUGUUUGGUUAUCACGCUUGUCCCCGUACGACCCCGUCGGCGCGGUGCACGCCGAUCCUUAA